AUGGCGAGUGAGGAAAUGGAGAAGCUAUCUUCUCAAAUCUGCAACCAAAUCUCCUCCGUCUUCUCUAACCCUACCAAUCCUCAUCCACCACCGUUAGAUCUCCUCGUGACGGAGCUCGCCGGAGUCUCUCGCCGUAGCUCUCGUGUAUUCCUCCACGGCGUCGGCCGCGAAGGUCUGAUGCUCAAAGCCUUUGCGAUGCGUCUCUUCCACCUCGGUCUCUCCUCUCACAUAGUCUCCGACAUGACCACACCUCCAAUCUCUUCUUCCGAUCUACUCAUAGCAUCAGCCGGUCCCGGAGGAUUCUCAACCGUAGAUGCGAUUUGCUCCGUCGGUAAAUCGUCCGGCGCUAGGGUUCUCCUCCUGACUGCGCAGCCGGAGAGAGGAUCCUGUGUGAAACACGCGACGGCUGUUUGCUACGUCCCUGCGCAGACGAUGGCGAGUGAUGAGGCGGAGGAGAAGGGAGAGAGACGGUUGUUGCCGAUGGGGAGUGUGUACGAAGGAGCGUUGUUCGUCUUGUUCGAGAUGGUUGUUUACAAAUUGGGAGAGGUUUUGGGUGAGUCACCUGAGUCCGUACGUUCUCGUCACACCAAUCUCGAGUGA